UCAUCCUCUUUAGACUCAAAGCCCAAACUCACAUUAACUCCAGGCCAUCAGCUCCUCAAAGAAGACUCAGUGACUCUGAGAUGUGAGUUGGGUGUUUCCUCCGAUUUGGUGUUCUACUGGUACAGAAACACACAGACCUCUGAUCCUUUGAACCAGACUGAUGGAAACUCCUACAGUAUCAGCUCUGUUAAAGUGUCUGAUGGAGGACAGUACUGGUGCAGAGCUAGGAGAGGAGACCCAGUCUUCUAUACUCAAUAUAGUGAUGCAGCUGAGAUAAAGUUUACAGGUUUGUCUCCUAAAGCUUCUGUGAUGAUCCAUUCAAACUGGACCCAGCUCUUUACAUCUGAGCCUCUCUCCCUGAGCUGUGGGGUUCAGGGCAACUCUACUGGAUGGAGACUGAGGUGGUUCACAGCCAGAGGAGGAGAAUCAAAGUGUCCCACUGACUGGAGAUCAGAAACAGGAUCCAGCUGCAGCAUCAGCUCAGCAUCUCCAUCAGACAGUGGAGUGUACUGGUGUCAGUCUGAGUCUGGAGAGCACAGUAACCCUGUCAACAUCACAGUACACAAAGGUGAUGUGAUCUUGGAGAGUCCUGUCCAUCCUGUGACUGAGGGAGAUCCUCUGACUCUGCGCUGUAGAUAUCGCUACCAGCCAUCAAACAUCAGUGCUGACUUCUAUAAAGAUGGGACACUCCUGCUAACCUCCACCACAGGAGAGAUGACCAUCCCUGCAGUCUUCAAGUCACAUGAAGGCCUCUAUAAGUGCAGCAACCCAGAGAGAGGAGAGUCACCAGAGGGCCGGGUCACAGUUAGAGUUUCAGGUUCUGGGUCUUCCAUGUUGGUGGUAGGAGUAGGUGUGGUGAUUGGGCUCCUAAUAGCAUUUGCUCUGGUCAUUUCACUGGUCAUGCUGUACUCGUACAAAGUUAAAAAUUUAGGUUCCGGUACAGUGAAGCGAAACUUAGACCAGCAACUGCAGACAACCAAUCAGAGUUCAGAACCGGACCAGAGGACCAAUCAGAGUUCAGACCCGGACCAGAGGAAUCAGAAUCAGAGUCAGUCUGCAGGAAGUGAGGGGACUCAGUCAGAGUAUAUGCAACUGCAGAAGAGAUGCACAGAUGACUAUGACACCCUCACACCCUUGUAUAUGCCACUGCAGAAAGGUGCUACAGAUGUUUAUGAAACAAUUAAAUCAUCCAAGAACUCUCCAGUAGAUUAUGAGGAGGGAUAUGACGAUGUGGAUCUCCCUGAUACUUCAGAACAUUAAACAUAUGUAACUUAGAGAAUGAGAGAGAGAUACGGACGCAGGCACACACACAAGCACGCACACACACAC